GUAAUGUAGCACAGUGUUAACAAUGUUACUGAUACUAUUCUUUCUCACACCUUCAACUCAAACCACCAAAAUAUAUCAUUUAAUCAUUACAUUCAUAUCAGAAACAUGCAGGAGACUAGUCCACUGAUGGACCCUGAUGAGGACUGUUGGUCCACUGAUGGACCCUGAUGAGGACCGUCGGCCCACUAGGAACAGUCUCAGUCGGGACGUCUGUGAACUGGCCCUGGACACCAACACAGUGAACAGAUUACUCACACUGUCGGACAACAACGGGAAGGUGAUGCUCGUGAAACAGAUCCAGGCGUAUCCUGAUCAUCCAGAUAGGUUUGACUACUGGCCUCAGCUGCUGUGUCGGACUGGUCUGACUGGUCGCUGUUACUGGGAGGUGGAGUGGAGAGGAUGGCUCAGUAAAGAAACACUUGAACGCAGCGGCUUGAUUAAAGUCACACCAGCGACGACCACACCACUGACUACGAACGGAUCAGUCAUUUUCUCCCGUGAGAGUUGUGACAUUGAUGUUUUAGACGAUGGGAGGACCAUCAGUGACUUCAUAGACUAUAAAAUAAAAGAGCGUGGUUUGUUGGACAAUGAAGAGCCUUUCCAUGUGGCAAAUCUAGACAACAUAGUAUCGAGGUACUACAGGUGGAUCACUAACCUCCCCCGAGUCAAGCCUUUCUAUGCAGUGAAGUGCAACAACGCAGCAGCAGUUCUGAGGAUGAUGAAUGUUUUGGAUACUGGUUUCGACUGUGCUAGCAAGGGUGAGAUCCAGAUGAUGCUGUCCCUCGGAGUGACACCUGAGAAAAUCAUUUACGCACAUACAACCAAACCAAUGUCACACAUCAGAUACGCCUGUGCUCAUGGAGUCGAUAAGAUGACUUUUGAUAAUGAGGAUGAACUCCUAAAAAUUUCUCUGUGUCACCCCAAAGCCAAACUGGUACUCCGCAUCGCAGUGGAUGACUCCAAAUCGUUGGUGAGACUCAAUUCAAAGUUCGGAGCCAGUCUGGAGUCAGUUGGUAAGCUGCUGGAACGUGCUGGAGAGCUCGACUUGGAGGUCAUCGGGGUCAGCUUUCAUGUCGGCAGCGGCUGCACUGACGGCGGGGCGUUCAGGCAGGCCAUAGCAGAUGCACGACGUGUCUUUGACAUGGGCAAUUUGCAGGGAUUCCAGAUGAGACUCUUGGAUAUUGGUGGAGGGUUCUCUGGGGCCGGAGGUGUCCAAGGAUCAUUUGAGGAGUGUUCAGAAGUCAUUAAUGAAGCACUGGAUAAAUUCUUCCCGCCUGACUGCGGGGUGAAGAUCAUGGCAGAACCAGGGCGAUUCUUCGUGGAAUCAGCCUUCACAGUGGCACUGAACGUCAUUGCCAAAAGAGUAAUCUUAGAUGAUAUGGACGACCACAGCGAUGAUGAGGACAAGGGCUGUGACAGAAUGAUGAUGUACUACCUUAACGAUGGAGUGUACGGUUCCCUGAGCUGCAUUAUCUUUGACCCAGCUAACGCCGACCUUAAACCAUAUCCUCACAGGGCUGUUGAGAACGGCGAGCGGCGAUACCGGUCUGUCAUCUGGGGUCCAACCUGCGACAGCAUCGACAAAGUAACAAGCAACUACUGGAUGCCUGAGUCUUACGUGGGGGACUGGCUUCUCAUCGACAACAUGGGCGCUUACACUCUUAGUGCAUCCACUGACUUCAAUAGCUUUGAAAGAGCUCACGUCUAUCCUGUCGUGACAGCUCAGACAUGGCACGCCUUAGACCUUUCUCACCUCUACAACAUUUAUUGAUAAGUCUGGGGCCGUAUUCACAAAGCUUCCUCGUACGAAGAGUUGCUCCUAGUGACGAAAUUCUUAGAACUGUGAAGUUUUCUUAGAAUUUCCUCUUAAAGUCAAGCCUAGGUCCUCGUAAAGAUGAAAGUUAUUCACAGAGCAUCUUAGACCUGAAAAGAGCUCAAAAGGUGAAAAACUGUUCAGAGCAGGAAGGAGAACCUUAAAGAGGCUUAAGAGUUUCUUAAGCAGGGGAGAAAAUGGUGGAAACACAAAGAGGUCUGAGAUGUAUUCUCCAAACCUUAGAUCGUGCAGGGAUAAUAUGUGUGGUCGAUCCCAGAAGAGAUAUGCACACGUUUUCCACCUAAUGCUGGAAACACAUUGGUGCUGCGCCGCCAUGUGAUGCCAAGUGCUGGUCCUAGCACACUGGACACAUCGUUCUGCAGCUGGUCAACA